AUGCCGAUACCGGGCUUGAGAUUGAAGCAGCGAGUGCUAGAUGUUCAAGCAUACAUCACGAAGCGUCGAAAUUCACACUCUACCCCACAGCCUCCCGAGCGAUUAGAGCGAUCAUCUUCGCCUCUAACGGCAAGGCUCUCGUUAAGCAGUUCGUCCUCGAAUGCCGUGGAGAUCAAGAACGAUCACCAGAGCAGGGCAAGCAUCAAGUCGGCUCCAGGCGAACGUCCUACUUCUACUGACAGUACUACUACUGCACCGAGGGGGGAAGGUUCGGGAACAGCGGGAAGUUCAUCUCGUAACGGCUCAGCAGUAAUAAUAUUAUCAAGCGCGCCAAAAUCUCAAAACUCUCCAACGCAGCAGCAGCCGACUCCUUGUCCUCCAACACAACUCACUCCUCCACUACCAUCUCUACCAUCUCCGCCGACGCCCUCAGAGCCUCCACUCGUCUCGAAAUCCCUUGAAAACGGCGAUCAGGGCUCACCACAUUCUACUCCCGAAAUUUCCCCCGUCGCAUCUCCUGCCGCCAGUAUUACUACUACUACUACUCCAGUCGUCACACCAGCAUCACCACAAGCAGCAGACUCGGCGUUUCCCUUUCAGCCGCCGAGAAAAGAGAAAAGCAGAGCAGCGCGCCCCGAAUUCCAGCAGCCUCUCCCACACUCCACACAUCAAGCACAAAACGCCGCGUACAUCCGUCGUCCAUCACAACUUGUCCGAAGGCAAUCGUUGUUCCCGAACACAGAGGGUGCUCUAAUUCAGAACCUUCUAGAUCCCGACGGCAACAACCAACAACAGCAGCCCGUUCCCGAAGAGAACCCGACAAAUAAUAACUUCCACUCGGCACCCGUCGAUUUUCACCCUCUUCCUACGCCUGCUACACUGGGCCCAGAGAUGCCUAUCAGGAAGGUUUGGGUGAAACGGCCAGGUGGAUCACCAACGACUGUCAGUGUCCGCAAUGAGGAUAUGGUGGAUGAUGUAAGGGAUGUGGUUCUGAAGAAAUAUCAAAACGCCUUGGGGAGGAGCUAUGAUGCCCCGGAUAUUACAUUGCGAAUUAUCCCACGGCAUCCAAGGCCACGUUCUCUGGAUCACAACCAGAACCAUAAUCACCAUGGUUACAAUAAUCACAUCUCCGUGGAAAGAAUGUUGAACCCAGAUGAGACACUUGUACACACUCUCGAUGAAUAUUUUCCUGGUGGCCAGUCGAUCGAUGAAGCCUUGGUCAUUGAUGUGCCCCCUCUUCCGUUGCGGAAGACACCUCGACCGUCCCCCCAUACCUAUGCAUACGGUUCCACACACGAAUCUCACCUAGGUAUCGAGAGUAACGAGUACUUCCCACCUAUGCCUCUGGUGCCAUCUUCUCAUAACCAAUCACAAAUAAUGAACGGUGGCCCACAAAAUGUUCUAUCAGGCCCCUCAAUCGCUGUAUUGACCACUGGCCAAGUAUCGAAUCUUCCAGGAUCGCCAGGGGGCGGAACUCGGAGAGGCCCAACUCGGCCUGGUACUAGACGGCUGGCAACUUCAUCGCCAACCAUACAUGCUCCAGGCCCAGGCGUGACUGCUGCGGGAUCAGUCAUGCGAGCUCGCUCGAGAGGCAAUUCCGAUGCGGCCAAUCGAGACCAGCCUCCUCCCCCACCACCAAUUCCUACACCGCCCACUGAGGAUAUCCCCCAGACGGUCCAAACGCCUCCCCCAGCGCGUGUAGCAUCACCGUUAUCAACUAGAAUCAAGAAGGAUAAGAAGCAGCACGCAUCCCCUGCAGGAUUACUACCCGAUGGAGCCGUGCCCCCAAUUAACGUCCUUAUCGUCGAGGACAAUGUUAUUAAUCUACGGCUUUUAGAGGCAUUCAUGAAACGUCUCAAAGUCCGAUGGCAGUCUGCGAUGAAUGGAAAGGAAGCAGUUGAGAAAUGGCGGGCAGGCGGGUUUCAUCUAGUGCUGAUGGAUAUUCAGCUUCCCGUUAUGAACGGGCUGGAAGCCACGAAAGAGAUUCGCCGGUUGGAACGAGUCAACUCAAUAGGAUUCCAGGAUCCCCCUCUUCCUAAGAAUGCAGUACUUUCAGACGAGGACAAGCUCCCGAAUUCUAUCCUUUUCAAAUCGCCUGUUAUUAUUGUCGCCCUUACUGCAUCCUCUUUACAAAGCGAUCGUCAUGAAGCAUUAGCAGCUGGUUGUAACGAUUUCUUAACUAAGCCUGUAAAUUUUAUCUGGUUAGAGAGGAAGGUAACUGAAUGGGGCUGCAUGCAAGCAUUGAUCGACUUUGACGGGUGGAGAAAGUGGAAGGACUUCACGAAUAAUAAUGCCGGCGCAAGCGACGGAAAAGUCAAACCCCGACAUGGAAGACAAAUGCAAAUCGCAAGGGGUGCGGCAGCAGCAGAGGCGGAGAGCAGGAGAUUAGAUGCCAGCAGUCCGAUAACGACAAUAGGAUGA